UGGUAUUCCUUAACUUCAGAAUGUGUAACGGUUUUUUUUUUUUUGUCAGUUUUGUUUAUUGUUUGUUUGUUUGUUUGUUUGUUAUUUAAGGAGUCUAGGUUGCACAGUUGUCGAAAUGUUAACAGGGAAACCUCCUCUGGGUCAUCUUGAGUCAGCGGCGGCCAUGUUUAGGAUUGGCUCCAAACCCAUCGAGCCUACGCUGCCAGAGAAUGUAUCAUUAGAUGCAAAAGAGUUUGUUAAGGCUGCUUUGACCUGGAAACCUGACGAGCGACCUUGGUCCGAUGAGUUGCAACGUUACAACUUCGUUUCUAAAGCACUGCCAGCCCUCUUCAGUCUUGGCGAAUGUAUUGGAGCAGGAGCUUUUGGUCAGGUACAGUUAUAUUUUUCUGUUAUCCUUAAAUUAAACUAAAAUUUGCGAAUAGGAACGCCCAUAGAAUCAUGAAACUUGAAAUAUCACGUUACCCUUUACUCAUUAGUAUUAAGAACCCAGGAUGAAUGAAUGACAGAAGUAAAACAAGGCGGAACUACU